UCAACACUACAAGCAAUCCAUCAUCGCUUCGUUCAUCAGUCCUCAGUCCCUAUCGUUUGGAACAUUGCUUUCUAUGAGAUGAUGAACAUUAAGACAGAGCCCUCGUCCUCAACCAAUGGUCGUAUACUACUGGACAUACCCUGCAAAGUAUGUCGGGAUCACUCAUCAGGCAAACAUUACGGCAUCUUUGCCUGCGAUGGGUAUCGAUCCAUUCGUCGGAACCGGCAGUACAUAUGCAAAGCUCGCGGCUCGAGUGCCAACAAGUGUCCGGUCGAUAAGACCCAUCGAAACCAGUGCCGGGCCUGUCGUCUCAACAGAUGCGUCGACGAAGGCAUGAAUAAAGACGCCGUUCAGCACGAAAGAGGGCCCAGAAAUUCAACCAUCAGAAGACAAGUGGCUCUCUAUCUCAAGGAUACAUCAGUGAUCGAUAGGCUAAGUCUCUCGUCGUCGUUCAUGUCAUCCCCAAUACCUGCGCCUCCAUCAGCGCAUCUACCCCUACCACCGACCAGUUCAGGGAUACGGCCGCCAACCAGUGCUCAGAUGUCCUUACCAGCGAGUUUGACUACAGUUCCCCGUUUAAUAGAUUCAAAUUCACUAACUUUAAGGCCGACAGCUGUAUGCCAUCCGACCCCCAAAUAUCCCUUUUUGUACGGCAAUGGCAUCCAAGCUCUAAAUGGGUUUCUGUCGUCAAACUGUGAGAAAGUGUGCGAAACGGCUGCCCGACUGCUCUUCUAUAACAUAAAAUGGUUGAAAACCCUACCCGUGUUUGUGUCACUCCCUAUGAGAGAUCAGUUGCUGCUAAUAGAGGAGGGCUGGCGUGAGUUGUUUAUCCUGAGUGCCGCACAAUUCAUGCAUCCCAUCGAUAUGGAGCCACUAAUAGCUUCGGUGGGCAUUAGCUCGACGUCGCUGUUGACGGCCAGCGAUGACUCGCCGCUCACUAAUGCCUCCAAAACAGACAAAUUCGUCACAUUUAUGACUGAAAUCAGAUGCUUUCAAGAGAUGGUCACCAAAUUGAAAGACAUGAGAGUCGACACCACUGAAUACACUUGCCUUAAAGCCAUUGUUCUCUUCAAAACUGUGUUUCCCUCGUCUUCCACCACCGCUUCCACGGCUGUCCACGAGCUGAGAGACAGCGCAUCCAUAUCUGUAGCCCAAGACAGAGCCCAACUGACCCUAAAUCAGUACAUUUCGAGCGCAUAUCCGACACAACAGUCAUUCCGUUUCGGAAAAUUGCUUUUAAUGUUACCAUCGCUUCGGAGUGUCAGCGGAAACACAAUCAAAGACCUAUUCUUCAGCCGACAGAUUGGAAAUAUACCGAUAGACAAACUUCUUGCAGAUAUGUAUAAAUCGCCUGAAUUUUGA